AACACCGAGGAAAACCGAAGUGCGAGGUUUUGCCCAGUCGCCCGUUUCCGUCUUCCCAGCGCCUGUUAGCCAUUGUCGUCUCUGUACCGGGUUUUCAGGGUUUGAUUGGGCACAAGAGCGAACGUCGACUGCGGUAUUUAAAGUUGAUUGAUAUAUUCAACGAGACGAGAGGAUUUUUUUACAACAGUGGGUGAAUUCAACGGCUGUACUAUCAUGUAUAGCAACGGAUAUUCCAAUCAAACUUCUUACAGACCCCGGCAAAACAGGGAGUAUGGCAACAGGGGCGUGGGUGGGACGUACUGGAACAGCCAGCAGCAUCAUCAACAGCACCACCAGCAGCCCCACCAGACAAAUGCCCAGUCCCAAUCGACGUACACCCUAAAGAAGAAUCCAAAUCAGAAGAAGUGCCCAGGUGAUUCCCUGAAGAAGCCCUCCUGGGACAUGCAGGCACUCCCCCAAAUCACGAAAAACUUGUACGUACCCCAUCCGAACAUCAGAGGUCGCAGCCCCGACGAUGUGACCCAGUACCACAUCGGCAAGGAGAUAACAGUCAAGGGUAACAACACACCCUAUCCAAUCCAGGCAUUCGAAGAGAGCAAUUUCCCGGAGUACGUGAUGCAGGAGAUUCACAAGCAGGGAUUCCAGGAGCCCACAGCAAUUCAGGCUCAAGGUUGGCCAAUUGCCCUGAGUGGACGUGACAUGGUGGGAAUAGCCCAAACAGGUUCAGGCAAGACCCUAGCAUACAUUCUCCCAGCAACUGUUCACAUCAAUCAUCAGCCUCGUCUUACACGUGGUGAGGGUCCAAUUGUCCUGGUGCUUGCUCCAACAAGAGAGCUUGCCCAACAAAUUCAGAGUGUUGCUCGUGAUUUUGGCACCGCCUCGAACAUUCGGAACACCUGCAUCUUUGGUGGUUCACCCAAGGGGCCACAGGCACGUGAUCUCGAGCGAGGUGUUGAAAUUUGCAUUGCCACUCCAGGGAGACUCAUCGAUUUCCUCGAGAAGGGUACGACAAACCUGCGCAGAUGUACUUACUUGGUAUUGGAUGAGGCUGAUCGCAUGCUCGAUAUGGGCUUCGAGCCCCAGAUAAGAAAAAUCAUUGAGCAGAUCAGACCUGAUCGUCAGGUACUCAUGUGGUCAGCCACGUGGCCAAAGGAGGUUCAGGCACUCGCUGAGGACUUUCUCAGUGAUUACAUUCAAAUUAAUAUUGGAUCUCUCACCCUCGCUGCUAAUCACAAUAUUCGACAAAUAAUUGAGAUCUGUCAGGAGCAUGAGAAGGAGUCCAAGCUAGCUGGGUUGCUCCGUGAAAUAGGCUGUGAACGUGGAAAUAAAACAAUAAUUUUCGUCGAGACGAAGAAGAAGGUCGACGAUAUUACAAAGGCUAUUAAACGUGACGGGUGGUCUGCUAUUGCCAUUCAUGGAGAUAAAUCACAGCCAGAGCGUGAUUUUGUUCUAUCGGAAUUCAGAAAUGGAAAAACAUCGAUUCUCGUGGCAACUGAUGUAGCAGCUCGUGGUUUGGACGUUGAGGAUGUCAAGUAUGUCGUUAAUUUUGAUUAUCCCAAUAGUUCGGAGGAUUAUAUCCACAGGAUUGGGAGGACUGGUCGUUGUCAGGCCGCUGGAACUGCUUAUGCCUAUUUCACACCGAAUAAUGCACGCCAGGCUAAAGAGCUGAUAUCAGUUCUCGAGGAGGCUGGACAGGCUAUUAAUCCCCAGCUGGCUGAUUUGGCUAAUUCACAGAGGGGCAAUUUCGGCAAGGGUCGUCAGCGUUGGAAUACUGCUCGUCCAUCCAACAAGGAGAACAAUUCCAGUCCAAGGAGCAAUUCCAGCCCCACUGGCAACACUUGGCACAAUAAUCAUCAUGGCAAUGGUUAUCAGCAUCACCAGAAUGGACAGGAGAGGCAGAUGAUGCCGAGGCAGCAUGGAUAUGUUCCCAGAAAUGUUCAGGGAUAUCAGAACAAUUAUCAGGGACAGCAGCGACAGGACAGUGGGUACCAUCAGAAUGGGUAUCAGAAUGGUAGUAAUCCAAAUUAUCAGGGGAAUCAGGGACAGCAGAGGUAUCAGAAUCGUCCCAAUGGGUAUCAGGGGAAUCGCAUUAAUUCGGCACCGAGACAGAAUGGAUAUCCAGCACCUGGUAAUCAAAAUGGACAGGGACGCUACUCUAUGCCACCGCCUUUCAUCAUGUCUUCUGGUGGAUAUGCUGAUUCUGGAAUUCAGAGUAUUGUUAACAACAAAUUCUUCCAGACUAACAGACCACCACCAACUGCCAAUGCCUGUGCUUAUCAGUCCAUGAGCUAUGGACAGUUUCAGGCUGUUCCACCUUAUGGUUAUCCCUAUCCACCGACACCUGUACAACAGUGAGAUCUCAUUCAUGUUCAGGUAAAUUAAACAGUGGGGGUUUGUUGUUUUUGAGGGGUCAGCUAAAUUCAAGGUAUUGAUAUCGUAUAUGUGUAAUCGUAUUAACAAUUUUCACAUUGAAAAAUAUUAUGGGGAAGAUCGAGGAAAUUGAUUUCAGUGUUCCUGGGUAGAUAGGAUGCAUACCACAUUUUCUUUUCUGUUUCGUCCAGUUAUUAUUAGGGUUUUCUCACAUUAUUUUAGUUUUUAUUUUAUCGUUCAGUUUUCUGUUUCCCCCGUUUUUUUUUUCUAUGGUACUUUGUCUGGAAUGAUGCGAGACAUUGGCGAAAUUCAUUCUCGAGGGGUUGAAAUAUUUUUUCGUUGAUUCUGGGCUCAUGCACUGCAUAUUUCUCGAGUACAAUUCGUGAGUAAUUCGUUGGAUAAUCGAGUUAGAGGGGUAAUCAAGUGGAAAAUGUCAGAAAAAAAUUAAUAAUGCGCCAAUUUGAGGCACAUUCCAGUCGAGUCAUUGACGUAGAUGAUAGCUCGGAGAAAAUAGCAAGUGGUAUAAUGAAGAUAUAUUAAUAAUUGAAAAUGAUAAAACAUGAGAUGAUAAAAUAAUUAUCGAUUAAUACGGCCACGAGUAUAACUGAAAUGUUGGUCGGAUAAAAAAUUUACCUUUAAUGCUAAUUGAAUAGUAAUCUCUUCGCAAAAUAAUCAUUAUGUACAACUAUCUGUAUGCUUUUCUGAAAUGCACGAAACGUAUAGAAGGGGGGUGGGUUAGGAUAAUUCAUAAUUUAUAAUUUAAUUUAAUGGGAAAAAAAAAACGAAAAGAGUUAUAAAUGGAGGCGACACUGUUUGCGUGAAUAAAGGAAAUGAAAAACACUGCUGAAGACGCUCUACAGAACAAAAGUAGACAAUUAAAAGAAAUUGAAUUAAAAAAAAAACGUUAAGGCCUUUUGCAUAAAAAAGUAAGUGAAGAGCCCAUUGCGCCCAAAGAAGUCGAAACAAAAAAAAAACCGAACAGUUCUCGAAAUCUGUCGGUGAAUUGCGACGAGACUGGAUGUGUCUCGAUAAUUUCCAAAAGAAAAAUAAAAACAAAGGAAUAAUUAAUUGAAAUUUCAAUAAAUGGGUUUCAAAUGGGCGCAUAGUCCGCAUGGCUGUGCAAACAAAUAGCUCGGUACCUUAUUUUUGUAUGAAGUUAUGAUAAAAAAAAUGUCACAAGGUGAAGAAACUAAAAGUAAUUUGUUGUUAGACCAACAAAUUGUGAAAAAAAAACAUGAAAAUGUUAUAUUUUAUGCAACUGGCCACCGAGUGGCCCUCACAAAGUGCAGGCACGUGCAUUAAGUGGGCCGGAAUAUUUAAUAUUAUAAUGAAAAAGAAAAAAAAAACAAAUCUAAAGUCCCCUAAUUGUACCUGUUUUUAGUUCCUCAUUUCUGAGAUGCGUCUAAAUUAAUCUAUUUCUCAUCCCAUUAAUUUUUUUUUUCUUUUGACUCAUGUCCUAGUUUAAUCGAAUACAACUUCUAGGUUGUCAGUGUUUUCUUUUAAUGUAUUAGAAAUGAACCGAUAGGAGAAGAUGUGAAGAUAAUUGUCCAACCCGUGUUUUCAAUACCUAGGCGUCUUGCGCAAUUAAAAUAAAUAAUCCUACGAUUUACGUUCUCUAUCUCAAAUGGCUCGUGUUAGUAAAGGGCAGGUUUCAUUAAUUAAUUUUUCUCAUUAACACACUGAAGAUGAAAAAAAUGAUGUUUCGGCUAUUGAGCGGCCGGGCGCUGCGCUUUAAUUUAAUAUUUAUAGGGAAAUAAAGAAAAAAUGAGAGAAGAUAAAACCACAAAAUAAAUGAUAACAAAUGCCUUAUCAUAACGAGGAUCUCCGAGACCAACGGUAUUUAACUGUUUUUCUUUUUAUUAUUAUUUUUUUUUUGCAUGUGUAUGUUUUUUGGCGGCCCUCCACAAUCCGCGUCUCACGUCUGAUCGAGCUUUUUCUCUCAAAUCAAUUGAUAACAAGCAGAAUAAUAUAUAAUUAAUUAAAAUGAAACGCACACUUUUGAAUCUCAGGUAAAUGUGACAACAGACCCGAGAUGAUUUUAUCAUUUGUGAUGAAAAACAAUUUUCUCAAUCAAUCAAUUGCAUUUUUUCGCGUGUAAUGAAAUCGACGGACGAUGAGAAAUUUCAUUAUAUAUAUAUAUAUAUAUUAUUUUUUUUUUUUUUCAAAACGAAGAAGAAACAUUGAUACACAAGUGGGUGAAAGAGAGGGAAACUGAGGGAUUAAGGAAAGCUGGAGGCUCCCGUACAUUAGCGUAUGCCUUUCGUCGUAUUAAUUAACGUGAAUAAUUAAUUAACAACAGCGGAGGGUAAACGCGUAGUUCUGUGAUAUGUAAAAUGUAGCGCAUAGAAAAAAAACACUGAGAGAAAUAACUACAAUAAAUGAAAAAAUAAAAAAAUGAAGUUGUGGAUAAAAAUGAGAAAUUUAAAUUCUGAUGCGCGACAUUGGAUUUAAAAAUAGGGGGAGGGAAAAUGUGAAAAACUUAUCUCACCUCAUUUUUAUAUAUGUGGUAUACCAUAUCAUGUUAAAAACAAUAAUGAGUCGAUGAAUUUGCUCCAUCGUACUUGGGACUUAAAGGGAAAAAAAAAGUAAUUAAAGAAAAGAGACAAGGAUUAAUAAAUUGAGAUAAGAAAAUGGCAGUUUUGUGAGUCUCCCAACUGAUUGGUCCAAUUGAAGGAAAAAAAAUAUGAAGGGGCUUUUUGUGGUUGAAUUUUUCAAAUAAAGCAAUUAAUUUACAAUGAGAAUAAUUAAAUGGAAUAAAUAAAUAAUGAAAAAAAAAAAACUUAGUAGACAAAAAACUAUGAAUAAACGGGGCAACGACGAGAUCUCUGCUAACUGAUACUCUUUACUGUGAAAAACUCCGACUGUUAGGUAGAUAUUGUUAGGAAAUAGUUGAAUUAUUUUUUUUGGAAAAGAAUAAUAAAAAACAAAUACGAUUUGUGGGAGAAUGGCAUUUAUUCGAUGCUAAUUGCCAAUUUGUCAGGGUUUUUUGAACUCCUCAACAAAUGCAAUACACUCUUUUCAUCUGCAAGACACAUGCACAUUUAAACGAUAAUAGAAUAGCAGAAGAAAAUUCAUUAAUGAGAUUAACAAUUUUUCAAUGAAAAAUUUAGGAAUGAGUAAAACGUGUCGCUAAUUGAUGAGAAAGAUAGGCGUGCUUUAUAUGAAUCGAGGAUUGCCAUUUAUGUAAAUAAAUAACGUAUUUAUACAUUUAAAAUAUUAUCAAUAGGAUUUUUUCGUUGAGUGGUUAAACGGAUUAUUUAUUUUUAAUCACGAGAAUAAUAACGUUGAGUUUCUGGCACUCCACAGCAGAAUUGAAGCAUCAGCUUGGUCUCACUAUUGUUCUUCUUUAUUUUACAACAUUUUUCGUUCAGUUAUCGUCGUUAAAUUGAAAUUAAUCAAUCCUACAAUCGAUAAAUAAAAGAAAUAACGAAUUUACGUCGUCACGCGACUCAGAAAUAAUUGAAUGCGGUAUUCAAUCGGGGGACGAGAAUAAGAGCAAAUUUUUUAGAUUUAUUGAAACAAAUGUCUAAAAACGAGGUAAACUGUGAACUUCUAGUACCUUGAUUAUAACUGAGCGCUGUGAUAUCGCGUACUAAAACGUGUCUUUUUUUUUUCUCUUUCUUAUUAAUUGUAAAUCGUAAAUGUGCAUAAGGUAAAUGUUGAAACAAUCUCCUUUUUAUACAAGACUGAUCUUUCGCCAAUUUAUACGAGAGUACGAGGAAAAUAACGAAGAAUAAACGUUUAAUGUGUAUUUGGAUUUUUCGUCGGGUACAGCCGAGGAAAGACGUUUGUUCAUUUCGUGGGUUAAGAUGUCGAUAAAACGAUAAUAACACAUUUUGUAUAUUAAUUGAUUGUGCUAAAGGAUAUAUUUUAUAUUGAAUCGUACUAAAAUGCCGUCCGAUGAGUGGGAACGGCUAAUUCCCAAUUGCGUUUAUUCCGUUAUAAUUUUUCUCUCUUAAAUUCACGAUAAAUAUUACCGAAUAUACGAUAUUUUACACCUCAUCCCCAAAUUCACUAUCGAAAUAUGAAAUUUUAAUAAAGAAUUUUCCCACAUUUUCAUGAAAUUUUCGGGAGAAAUGACGAGGAAAAAAUUCAUAUAAAAUAGACGAACGUGUGUUAGUUUAGUCUGAUGAACACCUACCUUUCUCGAGAAUUUGACACGCCGAAUAAUUAUAGAAAAACAGUAAUUAUCGAUCAUAAUUAGGGGAUUGUCACGAUUAAUUUAUUCAAGAACAUGAUUAAUCAACGCAUUUAUCGGUGAAAAAAAAAAUAGCCUAGAGUCUAGUCAAAAUCAUAAAUACCAACUGUACUGUAUUACACUGAUAACGCAUAAUUAUUCGUUUAUCCGAGGGGAGUAAUUUGCUUUUUUUCACAAAGUGAUAUUGUAGGGGAAAAACGUGAAAAAUGGGAAUAUAAUUGGGCGAAGUUAGCAGGCUUGUAUAAGUUCUAUAUUUGAUAUACUAGUUUGGAAUAUUAACUGGAUAUUAACUAUUAAAAAAAAAACACGAGAAACAAAGAUAAGAGAGUACCAAGAAGCCGUUCCCUGGUCGUUAGCCGAGUGUUUAUUCCAAUUGAAUAGUUUUUACAGUUGAUAUGAGAAAAUAAUUAACAUAAAAAGUGCAAGUGGGGGAGAUGAAUUUAAUGGGAAUUUAUGAAACAUAGAGAAAAAUCGUAUUUAUUUUCUGACCAUGACAUUAUUUGGGAGAAUUUAAUUAAAAUGAUGAAAACACAGUGAUAUUAAUAUCAUACUGCUCCAAUUUUUCUCGCGAGAGAUGGUGAAAAAAAUAAUUGAUGAGUAAUUAACGUUAAUAGGAAGUCCUGAAACAUGUAAUGGAGGAGCAACCCCUUAAGUAGUCUCGUUAACGCCUUCUGUCAUUAAUUUUUUUCUGUUUUUUUUUUUGGUUCGAGGUAAUGAAAAAUAUGAAGCCAAGAUUUAUGUGUGAUUUAUGAAAAUAAAAGGGAGACAAACUCGUUAAUUACGACAAGGCCCGAGGAAUGUGAAGAGGAUAAUGUUUGAUUGAUGAUUAAUAAAUGAACAAUUAUUUAAUUUAUCACAGGUUAAUAUGGAGACAAAUUUUUAUUGUAAAAGUAACGGAAAAAUGUAAUUUUCAAAAUGGGUAAAUUACUGCUCUACAUUCAGAUUCUCUUCUGUAGGUUUCACUAAAGUGCAUUUCUUGUAUGUUAUACAGUAUUAUGAAUAGAGAAUAAAAUAAAGAAAAAUCAUAUUGCACCUUUA